AACAAAACAGCCAAUCCAAUCCACCACACUCCACAACAAGACCCUUACGAGCCUUCAAUUGUUUCCACACCUAUUUCCAUAAACCUGCAGGAGCAGUGUUACUACGCAAACAGCCAUUGUCUGAAGCGCGGACGUUUGGGAUCGCAACGGAAGCUUAUCGCGCUUGCGCCUGCACAGACUUCAAGCCGCAUACGAGGGGCAGUCAUACACUGAGCACUGGCUGCUACACCCGUUGCACUUGCGAGAGAGACACGCCCCCAUCGUAUGAUCGCUGCUUAAAGCCAGCUGUAAUCUUCUACACUACCUCGCCCUCUUCUGGCACCCAACAUGGCUGUCGAUAGCUCAACCGUCUCGGUACAGACGGAAACAAAAGACCAAAUACUACAAUGGUAUUCUAAACUCUUCAGUCGCCGUGUUGAUCUCGUGGGCGACUUCGCGGGUAGCGAACGAUUCCUGAUCCACGGAGAAUCACUUCUGCUCCAUUGCUUCAGCGACGCACAGAUCGACUUCGAGCCUGGGCUUCAGCUACUACACGCCUCGUACGCAGUGGAGAAAUUCUUGUACGGGCUUGUCACUCGCCGCUGCAACUUUCACAUUGCUUUCUUCGAUGAAUACCAAGAUCUUUGUGUACCACAAGAUGCCUCGCCUGCCGUUAGCGAGAAGUACUUGCUCGCAAGAGCUGCCAUCAUCCGCCAUUUGCAAAUCAACUUGCGCCCAGUCCACCCAGAUAUCGAAAUCAAGGUGUUCCCUUCAACAGCCUCCGCAGCAUUCGAGGAGUACCUCAGCACGACCGAUGUAUACUUCAUUUUGUGCCAUGACGGAGCCUCCACAAGAGAUGUUCGCAAGAGGCAAGUCUUCCAGAAGGAUCUUGAGAACCUCAAGGGCGAAGACAAAAGCCUACAGGAACGACACGAGCAAUACAAGGCGUCCCUGCGCAUAUUCAUCUACAGCAUGAUGCAGAGGGGUUAUAGUGCUGCGCUCGUUAAUGGCGUGGAGUUCCAGGAUACGAAAGCUAUUGCAUCGGUUCUUGAGCACUCCCGUGCGAUGACUUUGACAGUUCCACAAUCGAUAUCACAAUCAGAUCUAAAUGCAGAGGCAGACACAGCGGCUCUACAAAAAUCGCUGGCCACAGUCAAGUCGUCCAAUGAACAUGCCUUCACCGAGCGCGAGUAUUUGGCGGUAAUAGUCGCCUCAAAAUUCGCGUCGAAAACGAAGGACCACCAGGACUUUGCAAUCGCCUUACUUCGUCACACUGCACUCUUAUCCGAGCUGAGCCUGCCAGAUCGCUUGAUGCACUAUCAAGAGCCAUCGCAGGAUUCUCGUACUCUCAUCCUCGAGUUCUGCCAAGAAGCGCGCAAGACCAUCGCGCAAGCAGCAUGGAGUGAAGAGGCUGGCAAAGAGGCCGCAGCUUGCGACGUUGCGGACCUCAUUGACGGUCGGCUGUUCGCUGCUUGUCUCCAAAACUCAUCAGCACCAAGCUCAGACCUCUUCCAACAUUUGGCACGAGCUGCGUCAGCGCUAUGUGGGCAAGAGGGUCUUGCGAAGGUCUCUGGCGCCUUAGCCACUAACAGCAAAUCGAAUGGUAAGGCCCAAGAGUCCGAAGAAGGAGCGUCAUACCGCCUUUUGCCAUUCGCCAACGACAUUUUCGACCAGCAUCUGGCUCCUGUCCAUCUGAAAGUUGCCAAGUCUGACGGCAAGGUCGACUCGACAUCAGCAGUGAUCUUCCGUGAGGUUUCGCAUUGGCACAACAGCAAGCCGCUUCAAAGCAAGAGCGGCCCUGUCGUCAAAGACGAGAAGGCAGCAAAGAAGGCAUUGCGCCGCAAUCAGUUCUUCAUGGCAGAGAUGACAACCUACGCUGCUAGUCUGACUAACGCCGUGGGAAGGGCGCUUGAACCAGAAACUAUAUAUGUUGGUGCCUCAAAGCCAAGUACCCCAGCUCCUUCUAGACCUGCAACACCCAGCCAGGAGUCAGCCGACAAGAAGGGUAAGAAACAGGGAGGCAAACCUGGAGGCAAGCCCGGCGGCAAAAACAAGAACCAGGCCAAGCAGGAUAUGCUCGCGAACAUCGCCGCUACUUCGGCAAAAAAGAACGAAGAUUCUGCUGAUAAGCAGAUCAAAGCUUGGGUCGUCGUUUGCGAAGGCCUCGAGAAGCAGGCCGAUCUGACAGCGCGAUACGAGAAGGCCAAGAAGCACCUCCUCAGUCUGAACAAUGAGCUCAAGCGCAAGGCCCUGGAAGCUGAAGUUCGUACAUAUAUGUUGAACGUCCUGCUCAAGAUGUGGAUUGAGCACUGCCGCAAGGACGACAAAGAGGAGGGCUUGUAUACCGCUGCCUUGAUCUUUGAUGCAGUCCGUGCUAUCUGCGGCCUCUCCAACGUGACCAAGACGAUCGCAGCUUGCCUCACGACCACCAUCGACCGACUGAAGCUUCCUUCUCUGACGGUGCCAGCGACUGAUGGCGACCGUAAACUGCCGUUCGCAUUUGUACUGGACGAGACUUUGAGUGCCGACCUUUCGCUUAGUCUCUCGCCGGAGGAGUUCCAGUUGCUCUACUGUGGGCCUUACUUCGACCGCACGAUGGAUUCGGCUCCCGAUUCUCGUGUUCCUUUCGAGCCAGAUGCGUGGCAACGCAAGGUCCUGGACGAGAUCGAUGCUCGCCGCAGUCUGCUUGUUGUAGCUCCGACAUCCGCUGGUAAAACUUUCAUCUCGUUCUACGCCAUGAAGCAGGUUUUGGAGUCAGGCAACGACGACGUCCUGGUGUACGUGGCCCCUACAAAGGCACUUGUCAACCAGAUCGCAGCCGAAGUACAAGCCCGUUUCUCCAAAAACUACAAGUACGCCAACUCGGUCUGGGGUAUUCAUACCCGUGAUACCCGUGUCAACAAUCCCACUGGUUGCCAGAUCCUCGUCACGGUUCCCCAUAUCCUGCAGAUCAUGCUGCUCUCACCGAGCAACGCCAAAGGUUGGUCCGAGAGAGUCAAGUGGAUCAUCUUUGAUGAAGUCCACUGCAUUGGACAAGCUGAAGACGGCUUGAUCUGGGAGCAACUUCUGCUCAUGGCGCCCUGCCCUAUCAUCGCACUUUCUGCUACAGUCGGAAACGCCGAGGCUUUCAGCGAUUGGCUUUCUUCCACGCAGAAGGCUGCUGGCAAUGAUUUGACCAUGGUUCAGCACAAGCACCGUUACUCAGACCUACGAAAGUUCCUGUACAUCCCCCCAAAGGACGCUGCCAAGCGUCUUGCAGCAGCGCUUCCCCUGUCGACGAACCGCACGUUCGCCCGUCUAGGUCUAGACGAUGUACCGAACUUCACGUUUAUGCAUCCCGUUGCCAGUUUGACGAACAGGAAACGUGGCAUGCCGAGUGAUUUCUCCCUCGAAGCACGAGACUGCUACUUCCUCUGGCAGAGCAUGACGAAGCACCAGACUGAAGACUAUCCAGUCGACAAAUCCCUCACUCCCUCUACUGUACUGCCCAAGGUCAUGCGCAAGGCUGAUAUCAUCAGCUGGGAGUCAGGCCUGAAGGAGUUGCUCGCUAAGUGGAUGGCUGAUGACAACUCGCCAUUCGAGGCAGUACGCAAGGACUUUAGCAGUUCUGUCAACAAGUCAGCUCUUCAGAUUAAGGAGAGUGGUACUUCAGAGUCGGUUCCUGAUGACGUGGAGGUUGACGACCCUGCAAGCAACCACGACGUUGAUAACAUCUUGCCUCUGCUGACUGAGCUUCAUCAGCAGGAUGCUCUCCCAGGUAUCAUCUUUAAUUACGACCGAGCGGUCUGCGAGAGGAUGUGCCGCACAGUUUUGACUCAGCUAGAAGAUGCCGAGACUGAGUGGAAGAAGACCAGCCCGAAGUGGGCAGAGAAGCUGCGCGAGUGGGAAGAGUACAAGAAGGAGGUCGCCCGCCGCGCCAAGCAAGGUGUUCGCGCCGCUAAGGGAACUACCAAAGAAGAGCAGAUGAUGGAGGCCGCCAACCGCGAGGUCAGUCCAUUUGCAACCUUUGAUCCGGACAGGCCAUUGGAAGGCUUUCAUUUCGCGAACAGUAAGAGGCUGUCGAGUGAAGAACUCCGCAAUCACGAGAAGGAGCUCCGCUACCGCGGUGUUGACGAGAUCUUCAUCCAAGGUCUUCAGCGUGGUAUCGGUGUGCAUCAUGCUGGUAUGAACCGAAAGUACCGCUACGCCGUCGAAGUACUGUUCCGCAGGGGCUACUUGAGGGUCGUCAUUGCAACCGGUACUCUCGCACUCGGUAUCAACAUGCCGUGUAAGACUGUUGUCUUCUCUGGAGAUUCAAUUUUCCUCACAGCCCUCAACUACCGUCAAGCUGCUGGUCGUGCUGGUCGUCGUGGCUUCGACUCGCUUGGUAACGUUGUCUUCCACGGCGUCUCGCUCAGCAAGAUCAACAAGCUCAUCAGCUCUCGUCUGCCCGAUUUGAACGGACACUUUCCCAUCACUACGACCCUGGUCCUGCGGCUGUUCUCGCUCCUUCACGACUCGGAUAACUCGCCGUUCGCUGUGCGCUGUGUCAACGCGCUCUUGUCGCAGCCACGUGUGUACCUCGGUGGUGAGGAGUCAAAGAUGACUGUCCUCCACCAUUUGCGCUUCUCUAUCGAGUAUCUGCGUAGGCAGUCGCUGCUGUCCUCGGAAGGAACACCGCUCAACUUUGCAGGUGCCGUCAGCCAUCUGUACUUCACUGAAAACUCAUCUUUCGCCUUCCACGCACUGCUGAAGAAUGGAUACUUCCACGAGCUGUGCAACAAGGUCAACACAAAUCAAGAGCUGGUCUUGCGCGAGCUUAUGCUUACCAUGUCCCACCUUUUUGGUCGCCUACAAUGCAGACAAGCCGACGAGGAGUUCGUGCAAGAGGUCGUCAAGGGCAGUCCAUCCGUUGUGUUCCUGCCUGACAUGCCCGAGAAUGCAGUCAGCGUCCUGCGCAAGCACAACAAGCAGACUCUCGACAUCUUCACUUCGUACGUCCGCACCUUUGUCGAGCAGCACAUCCAGGAGUCCGACAGCAUACUGCCCCUGACUACUACUGUUGUCGGCGGCAAAUCAGCCUCAGGCUCAGCACCCAGGGUCCGUUCAUCCUUCGUUGCUCUCUCCGGCCACAACGACGACUUCGCAUCUAUUCACGACCUGUGCACUACCAGCCGCUCCGGCGUCUUCCUCGAAGAGGCUGUCGUCCCGUACGUUGGCAUCUAUCCCGAAGAUUCUGACCUGCCGCUUAACGCGUACCUGUACGACUUCUUCAUGCACGGCAACGCGACCGCCGUCGUGACUGCGAACCGCAUCCGGCGCGGCGACAUCUGGUUCGUGCUUAACGACUUCAGUAUGGUGCUUGCAACUAUCGUGACUAGCUUGACAAAUUUCAUGAACCUCGGCACCGAGUCUGAUCUCGAUUUCAUCGAUGUCCGUGGCGGUGGUGACGACGAAGAAGAAGACCUUGAAGAUAAGCUGCAGGGCGUUUCUGAGGCCCCUGGCCCUGAGUCCGGCGUCCAGGGCGCGAGGGGACCCGCGCAGCAGCAGAAUCUGCCCGUCCAGUUGGCUAAGAAGAAGAAGAAGGUUAUGGAGUCCUGGGACGACGAGGCGGAGAGCGAGAGUAGUGAGGGCGAGAACUGGGAUGAUGGGGAGGAUAGUGAUGAGGAGAAGGGUGAUGUUGCGUGGGAUGAGCAGACUGGAUUACUGAACGUGCUCAAAGCGUUUAAGUUGCUCAAGGCGGACUUCGAUACCAAGUUCAAGGCGAUGUGGGCUUAGUCAUAUGGUGGAUGAGUGUGCGUCACAAUGAUUAUGAAUUUGUGUAGAACGACGAAAGUAUGACAGAAAUCGAGAUUCUGAAUGCAUCCCCAAAAAAGGUUCUCCAUGUGAGCUUGAUGGUGACGGCGGCGUCUCAUCUUUCCACCGGCGAUUGUAUAUAAUCUCCGAAAACUGCCCGAGGACAG